AUGGAUGCUACUAAUGGUCUAAAUUAUUUACAUGAAAAUCAUAUACUCCAUUGCGAUCUCGCAGCAAGGAAUUGCCUUCUAAAUAGAGACUUACAAAUUAAAAUAUCUGAUUUUGGUACCUCUCGAUUGUUGCCAAAAGGCCAAGAUUUUGUUAAUACAACAAAAGGAGAAAAAUUAGCAUAUAAAUAUUUAGCUCCAGAAACAAUCCACAAAAAAAUUCUUUCAAAAAAACGGAUGUGUGGAGUUUUGGAAUUUUAUGCUUUGAGAUUUUUGAGGUAA